AUGGUGGUGUUGAAGGCCGAGCUGAAGUCUAUGAAGAGCAUCCUGACUGAGGUCCCAGGAUUCUCCAAGUGGUGCAGGGCGGAGUGGAGAACUUCUGCUGGGGUUUGCCAACAGAAGCUGAAAUGUGGGCUGAAGAAGAGGUUCCAGUGUGUGUUUGAAGGAGUCUCUAAAGCAGGAGAGUCCACCUUCCUGAACCAGAUCUACACAGAGCUCCACAUCACAGAGGGAGGGGCUGCAGAGAUCAAUGAGGAACAUGAGGUCAGACAGAUUGAAGCAGCAUCCAGGACAGCAGACAGAGCAGAAACAAGCAUCAGACCAGGAGACAUCUUUAAAGCCUCACCUGGAGGACCUCAACCAAUCAGAACAGUGCUAACAAAGGGAGUGUCUGGCAUUGGGAAAACAGUCCUGACACAGAAGUUCACUCUGGACUGGGCUGAAGACAAAGACAACCAGGACGUCCACUUCACAUUUCCAUUCACCUUCAGAGAGCUGAAUGUGCUGAAGGAGAAGAAGUUCAGCUUGGUGGGACUUGUUCAUCACUUCUUCACUGAAACCAAAGAAGCAGGAAUCUGCAGCUUUGAAGACUUCCAGGUGGUCUUCAUCUUGGACGGUCUGGAUGAGUGUCGACUCCCUCUGGACUUCCAGCACACUGAGUUCCUGACUGAUGUUACAGAGUCCACCUCAGUGGAUGUUCUGCUGACAAACCUCAUCAGGGGGAAACUGCUUCCCUCUGCUCGCCUCUGGAUCACCACACGACCUGCAGCAGCCAAUCAGAUCCCUGCUGACUGUGUGGACAGGGUGACAGAGGUCCAAGGGUUCACUGAUCCCCAGCAGGAGGAGUACUUCAGGAGGAGGUUCAGAGAGGAGAUGCAGGCCAGCAGGAUCAUCUCCCACAUCAAGACCUCCCGAAGCCUCCACAUCAUGUGCCACAUCCCAGUCUUCUGCUGGAUCACUGCUACAGUUCUGGAGCACAUGUUGAGCACAGAGCAGAGAGGAGAGCUGCCCCAGACCCUGACUGACUUGUACUCCCACUUUGUGCUGGUUCAGACACACAAGAAGAAGCUCAAGUACCAUGAAGGACCUGAGACGGUUCCACAGGAGCUGACGGAGGCUGACAGGGAGCUUCUUCUGAAGCUGGGCAGGAUGGCCUUGGAACAUCUGGACAGAGAAAACAUCCUGUUCUACCAAGAAGACUUGGAGCAGUGUGGUCUGGAUGUGACUGAGGCCUCGCUGUACUCUGGAAUCUGUACUCAGAUCUUCAGAAGAGAGUCUGUAAUCUUCCAGAAAGCCGUCUACAGCUUUGUCCAUCUGAGUGUUCAGGAGUUUCUGGCUUCAGUCUCCAUGUUCCACUGUUUUACCAGCAGAAAGGCAGAUGGACUGAAGACCUUAAUUGGAGAGGAUCAUGUUUUCACAUCUCUUGAUGAUUUCCUGAAGGUCGUCCUGCAGCAAUCCCUCAGGAGUCAGAACGGCCACCUGGACCUGUUUGUCUGCUUCCUUCAUGGCCUGUGUCUGGAAUCCAACCAGAGACUCUUAGAAGGUCUGCUGGGUCGGACAGAGAUCAGUCCAGGAACCAUCCAGAGAGUCAUCCAGAACCUGAAGGAGAUCAACAGUAAAGAAGUGUCUCCUGACAGAAGCAUCAACAUCUUCCACUGUCUGAUGGAGAUGAAGGAUCUCUCAGUACAUCAGGAGAUCCAAGAGUUCCUGCAGUCAGAGAACAGAUCAAAGGAACUCUCUGAGAUCCACUGCUCAGCUCUGGCCUACAUGCUGCAGAUGUCAGACCAGGUCCUGGAGGAGUUGGACCUGAAGAACUACAACACAUCACAGGAGGGACGAUGGAGACUGAUCCCAGCUGUGAAGAACUGCAGGAAGGCUGAUCUUUCUGGCUGUGGACUCUCUGAUCUUCACUGUGAAGUGAUCUCCUCAGCUCUGAAGUCUGACCCCUCCCACCUGAAACAUCUGGACCUGAGUAGGAACAUCCUGAAGGAUUCAUCAGUGAAGAUUGUGUGUUCUGGACUGGAGAGUCCAAACUGUAACCUGGAGACUCUGAGGUUGAGGGGCUGCAGGUUGUCAGAGAUCAGCUGUUCGUCUCUGGCCUCAGCUCUGAAGUCCAACCCCUCCCUCCAGAAUCAUCUGGAACUUCUGGACCUGAGUGGGAACCCUGAUCUUCAGGAUUCAGGAGUUUCUCAGCUGUGUGGUUUUCUGCAGAGUCCACUCUGUGGUCUGCAGACUCUGAGGUUGAGAAGAUGCAGUUUGUCAGAGAUCAGCUGUUCUUCUCUGGCCUCAGCUCUGAAGUCCAACCCCUCCCACCUGAAGGAGCUCAACCUGGAUUACAACCAGCUGCAGGCUCCAGAUGUGCAGCAGCUGGUUGAUCUC